GAAGAAACCCCGGAAGUGAAACUGUUCUUACCCGCAGCUCGUAGCUAAAGCUACGUUGGUGCCAUCGUCUUAUCGGUUUUGGGUUUGACGACAUAAACAACAACGUCAUUUCGUGUGUAGCCACGAACACACUUUUUUGCGGGGGUCUCUGGAGAGAUGAACAGCACCGGGAAUAAGAGAGCUCCAACUACAGCCACUCAGCGUCUUAAACAGGAUUACCUCAGGAUAAAGAAAGACCCAGUGCCUUACAUCUGUGCAGAGCCUCUCCCAUCCAACAUCCUAGAAUGGCACUAUGUCGUCAGAGGUCCUGAGAAAACUCCUUAUGAAGGGGGGUAUUAUCACGGGAAACUCAUUUUUCCUCGAGAAUUUCCUUUUAAACCACCAAGUAUUUAUAUGAUAACGCCAAACGGAAGAUUCAAAUGCAACACCAGGUUAUGUUUGUCCAUCACAGACUUCCAUCCAGACACGUGGAACCCUGCUUGGUCGGUCUCGACGAUCCUCACAGGUUUGCUCAGCUUUAUGGUGGAGAAAGGACCAACACUCGGAAGCAUCGAAACAUCCGACUACACGAAAAGACAGCUUUCUGCCCAAAGCCUGGCCUUUAACCUUAAAGACAAAGUGUUCUGCGAGCUUUUUCCUGAUGUAGUGGAAGAGAUUAAGCAGAAACAAAGAGCUCAAGAAGAGUUAAGUGCCCACUCGCAACCCCUCCCUUUACCUGAUGUGGUUCCUGAUGGAGACCCUCAACAAGCCCACUAUGGCCUCCCAGCCCUCAACGGAGGACCAGUCCCUGUGGGAGGCCCUAACCCCGCCCCUGACCCGCAGCAGGCCAAUCGGAACCACGGACUUUUAGGUGGAGCUUUAGCCAACCUGUUUGUGAUUGUAGGCUUUGCAGCGUUUGCCUACACGGUCAAGUGCGUUCUGAGGAGCAUAGCCCAGGAGUGAGAGGAGAAGCCCCGCCCCCCUCCUCUCAGUGAGCCACCUAAUUGACUCUGGUCUUUACAAACACAAUACGAGGAGGAGGGGGGGGACUCUGUGCUGAGUUAAACCCCUCCACGACCACCUCAACUGCCACCGCCGUGGACUUUAGAAGAAAGAAACUGAACGCUCCUCCACCCUGGCCGGACUGAGAACAGGGAGUGGAUGGGAGCGGGAGUUUGGAGGAGUUUUAUUAAAACGGUUGUGAUCCACUUUGUGCUGCAGUGGUUUAUACGAGACCAGGGAGCAAACUUUGCUGAUGGGUUGGAAAUGAACGUCGACAAAAUCCUUCCCAGCGGUUCUCAGUCCUGAAAACACCCCGCCUUUUUUUUUUGUUUGUUUUUUUAGUUAAAAGGAACAAACAUUUUAAAUGGUCAACAAGACGACAUGUAUUAAAUCAAUGCCUAAAUAUGAUAUAAAAAGGUUUUUGUGGUUUGCCUCAAAAUGCAGUUUUAAAAGCCUCGUUGUGGGUUUUUGGUUCAGAGAGGGGUCACACGCAUCGCGCAGCUGUCGGGUCUGGUGUGAAGGAGUUCUUUAUAAACUUCAGAAUAUUCUGUCCAAACAUUUUUUUUUUUUAUUUAAAUUAGAGUGUCAUCAUUUUCUUGAAUUCCCACAGAAGAUGAGUCACGGGAUCUUUGGCUGACACUGGUUUUCAAACCUGUUUCCAGCUCAUUCAUCAGAUCCUGAACCCCUCGUGACGCAGUUUAAUUAAAGCUCGUGUGUCGAGUCACGUGAACAUGUUGCGUCUUGUUUUCAUCGAACGCAGAAAAGGGUUUCACGUCUUUUCAUCACACGGCUCCGGGUCCAGAUGGAGAAUAAUCGACUUGUGCAAUUCUCAAACCUCCUCCUCAGCUUGUACGUUUUUUCCCCGCUGAACCUGUUAUCACUGUCAGACCAGUUAUUAUUAUUAUUUUACUCAUUACAAGAGUUCACUCCACAGAUGCACAUUAAUUCAGACGGCCAGCAGAAACACAAAAUAUGAUGAAAACGGGCUCUUGCAGUUCUGAUACAAGUUUUUACAGCGAAGUUAUAAGAAAAGUAUUCUAAUUAAGUUUUGCCAGGUUUUAUCAGUAAACGUUCUCUUUCUGGAGACAGACGUCCUCGAUGGAGGUUCUGAUAACAGUUUUAGUCUAUCCAAGGAGACCAGAACCCGUUUUUUAUUAGUUUAGCUGGCCAGCAUAGCACCACUUUGUUUAGGUCCAAUUAAUGACACGUGAAGAGAACCAUUUUUAUUUCUGUAUAUGAACAUUUUCUUUCAAAUGAAUAUAUAUUUAGCUUUUGUUAUUUUGUUUUCUCUAUUUAUAGAAGCCACCCAGCUGGGUCGGGUGUUUGCUUAACUGAGCAAAACGCAGACGAGAGGUCCAGGCUCUCAAUUCUUUUGGGUCGUUUACUAUCGUUCAAUGGAUUCGGUGAAAGAUGGUUCUACUUUGUAUCUAAUGUGUCACCAGAAAACACCAGAAAGCAAAUAAUUCUUUGGUUUGUUUCUUUUUGUUUGUUUGUUUUGGCACACAUUACAACUUAAAGGCAAACUGAUGAUAAUGGGAUCGGGUUUGUGUCUCCAAAAGCUCCGGUUUUCCUGCUUUCAGCUGAUUUUGUGUGACGUCUGUUUUCAUAGCAAAUGCAAAUAAAAAUCCCGGCAUUUAA